AUGGCGAACCAAGAGAACUGCGCUAGAGUCACUCGCUUAUCGAAGAAGAGGGCAGCAGAGGCAGAGGCUUUGGGUGAGUCUCAACAACCGCCUGCUAACAAGAAGAGAGUGGUGUUGGGGGAGAUUAAGAACUUGUCGAAUGUUGUAGCUAAUCAGGUUCAUAAACUGGGUUCUGAGCCUCCGAAGCCCAGAUGUAAGUCGAAGAACAAGUUCAAGAAGGCAGUGACAACGACGACAGUGACGGAAAAAAUUGAUGAGGAGAUCAAUGUCAAAUCGGAUGAUCCCCAAAUGUGUGCAGCCUAUGUUUCUGACAUAUACGAGUAUCUUCACAACAUGGAGAUGAAAGCAAGUAGAAGACCAUUGCCUACUUACAUUGAGAACGUUCAGAAGGAUGUGACUGCUAACAUGAGAGGAAUUUUGGUGGAUUGGCUAGUUGAGGUAGCAGAGGAGUACAAGCUUCUUUCGGACACACUGUAUCUCACAGUUUCUUAUAUGGAUAGAUUCUUAUCGAUGAAUGUUCUCAAUAGGCAAAGGCUUCGGCUUUUGGGUGUCUCUUCAAUGCUCAUUGCCUCGAAGUAUGAAGAAAUUAGCCCUCCCCAUGUGGAGGAUUUUUGUUACAUCACUGAUAAUACAUACACUAAAGAAGAGGUGGUGAAGAUGGAGGCUGAUGUACUCAAGUGUCUCAAGUUUGAAAUGGGAAAUCCGACAAUUAAGACAUUUCUCAGAAGAUUCACCAUGAUUGCUCAAGAAGAUUAUAAAACUCCCAAUUUGCAGCUUGAGUUCCUGGGGUACUACCUAGCAGAGCUGAGUUUGUUAGAUUAUGGUUGUGUGAAGUUCUUACCUUCUAUGGUGGCUGCAUCUGUUAUAUACCUUUCAAGGUUCAUGCUCCAACCAAAGUUGCAUCCUUGGAGUUCAGCCCUGCAACAAUAUUCAGGAUAUAAACCAGAUGAUCUAAAGGAAUGUGUGCUUAUUAUUCAUGACUUGCAAUUGAGUAAAAGAGGAAGCACAUUGAUGGCAGUGAGAGAUAAAUACAAGCAACAUAAGUUCAAAUGUGUAUCAACGUUGUCUUCUCUGCUAGAAAUACCCAAUUCCUUCUUCGAAGAUGCUAAAGAAUGA